ACAUGGCUGCAAAGUCGGACGGGACGGGAGUGACGGCGUUCGCCUCCUCGCAGAAUUUAGGUCAACGCCCAGCCGAGAGCGAGGAGAGGAGCCCGGCGGCGGCCCUUGGAGCCCCGGUGCCGGGCGAGCAGGACUCCAGCUGCUGCCACAGCUCGUGUGUGCACUCGGUGAUCCGCCAGCGCCAGGAGUACUCGCUGGCCGACUGCUGCUGGGUGUUGGGUGCGCUGCUUGUCUUCUUCUCGGACGGGGCCACCGACGUCUGGCUGGCCGUGGACUAUUACUUCCAAGGGGACUUCUGGUGGUUCGGGCUGACGCUUAUUUUUGUGGUGGUGCCUUCUCUGGUGGUGCAGGUGUUGAGUUUCAGGUGGUUCGUCUAUGACUAUUCGAGCGGUAGCAGCGCCCGUGCCCGGACGGCAGCGGGAGGUGAAGCUGCCGCCACCGAGGAGGCAGCCGAUCAUUUCAGCACCAAGGAGAGCGAAGCGAAGCGGCGCCGGGAUGCGGUCGCUUCGCCUUGUUGCCGGUUGUGUAUGUGGUUCUUCCAGUCUCUCGUUCACAUCCUGCAGCUCGGACAGGUCUGGAGGUAUCUCAGAGCCAUGUAUCUUGGAAUUCAGAGCCGCUGGCACAGAGAACACGAACGCCGGCACUUCUACUGGAGGAUGAUGUUUGAGAGUGCUGAUAUAAACAUGUUACGCCUGCUGGAAACCUUUCUUAAAAGUGCACCUCAGCUUGUACUGCAGCUAAGUAUUAUGGUGCAGAGAAACCAUAUUGGGAGUUUGCUCCCAGGUCUGUCGGCAGCUGCAUCACUUCUGUCCCUUGCAUGGAUGAUAGGUUCUUACCAGAAGAUACUUCGGGACUCCCGGGAUGAUAAAAUGCCCAUGACAUAUAAGGCUGCUAUUACACAGAUUCUCUGGCACCUCUUCACCAUUGCUGCUCGAGUAAUUGCAUUUUCCUUGUUUGCCUCCGUUUUCCAACUCUACUUUGGAAUCUUUAUUGUCAGUCACUGGUGCAUCAUGACCUUCUGGAUAAUUCAUGGGGAAACAGACUUCUGUAUGUCGAAGUGGGAGGAAAUCAUUUAUAACAUGGUUGUCGGAAUUAUUUACAUUUUCUGUUGGUUUAAUGUUAAGGAAGGGAGGACUCGGUGUCGAAUGUUCAUUUACUACUUCAUUACCUUUUGUGAAAAUGCUGCCUUGACUGUGCUGUGGUACUUGUACAGAGAUUCCCGUACUACAGACUUUGAAGCCUUAAUCAUAGUGUGUGUAGUGUUUAGUAGUUUUGCCCUUGGAAUAUUCUUCAUGUUUAUAUAUUAUGGUGCUUUGCACCCAAAUGGACCAAUGUUUGGUUCACAAGGAGGGUGUAUAGACGGCAGAGAACGAGACACUGCUACACACAUACCUGCGCAGGUUGUAACAAGUCCACCCCGAGCGAUGACCCAGUGCCGGACUACAGCGGGUGAGCAAGUGCCAUCUGAUCGCGACAGUUGCAUGCCUGUUUUUCAGGUAAGGCCCACUGUCUCCCCAACACCAGUGCCGCGCACACUGCGAACAGAAGGGCCUGUUAUCAGGAUUGACUUGCCCAGAAAACGGUAUCCUGCCUGGGAUGCGCAUUUUAUCGACAGACGACUGCGCAAAACCAUCCUGGCCUUGGAAUACACCUCGCCUGCCACUCCAUGCCUCCAGUACAGAAACAUUAGCUUUACACAGGAAGUACUGGAAUAUGAAACCACUGUGUAG